AUGGUCCCAGGGAACGAAAGUUCAACAUCGACAGCAAGAAGCCGUCGGGCUGCUUUCGUACUACCUGGAGAAAGCCAAGCAGAGAGGGUUUGGACUUGGCAAAGAGACUGGUUUUCGCGAGUUUGUGCAGAAGGACCAGACUCGAUGUGGGCAGCUAUUGAAUUGAGGCAUUCUUAUAUUCCAAUGCUGCUGAUGCUUUCAAAGAACAUAGGAUGGGUUAUGGAAGAGCUGAGGAACCGUUACGACGUGAACUUGGAUCAUGCGCCACCCGCUGGUCCUGGCCGAGAAUUCGCUUUGGCCUUGCGAAGGGAUGUAGAGGCAGCCUUGGGCGUGGAGUUCUUCGAGGCGGUCUUAGGCAAAGGCUACAGAGCUAAUGCGCAGGGCUUGGUGAUCUCGAAGUGCGGUGCGCCAGCGCAGGCUUGGCACGUUGACUCAUCCCACUUGUUUGUGGGCAUCAAAGACCUUCCUUGUCACUUUGUGACGGUUUUUUGCCCGCUCUAUGGAAUGGAAGAAGCCAUCGGCCCUACAGAGUUCAUUUUGGGGUCUCAACACUUCACACAUUGGCUGCCCACUUUGGAGGUAUCUGACCAGUAUCCUCCAGAGGAGACCGUUGAGCUGAUCAGAUCUGAGGCAAAAACAUGGGCUUCGGAUCUGGGAGAGGGAGAGAUUCAGAUGGACUGUGAAGCUGGUGACAUUGUGGUCAUGGAUGGCCGCCUACUUCACAGAGCGCAGGAGAAGGUGCAGGCCGGAAAGAUCACACAGGCCAUCGAUUUUCGGUCGCUGAAGCACAGCGCGUCCUUGCAACUGGAGGACAUUUUCGCCGCUCUUGGAGAAGAGUUGGAGCACGAGGACUGUUCACUCUCGGGCGGACGUGAUUGCAAGGGUGGCAUUGCGUUCCUGCAGACAAAGUCGGCAUACACAUGGACGUCCCUGGAAGCCGAGACGGCGACAGCAGCAGUGCCAAGCUUCUUUCAGAUGGAGGAGGUCACCAGUCAGGUGGGCGUGGUGCACGGCGCUUCAAGUGCCACAACUGCGAUGGUGGGAGAGGUUCACAUGGAUCGCUCGCGGCAGAUGCGCCAGUGGCAGGAGGAUGCCAUCGAGAUUUAUGCAGAGACCCACGCCCAAUCGGCCAAUUCAGCUGCCGCUGCUGUGACGGUGGCCACGAUCUCGGAGAGCCGAGGAGCAUUAGCCAAAAUGCAGUUCUUUCUGACAGCUUCCGGCCUUUGGUUGGCCGUGGUCCUCAUUUUGCUGGUCUUCCUAGCCGCAGCCUGGUUUGGGCGCUGGUGGGCUGCUCCUGCUAAAGCAGAGACUGCAGAAGCGACAGAUGCGGCAGAUGUGGCAGAUGAUGCUGAAAAAGUGGAGGACUCAUACAAUUUUGAUCCGAAGCAAAGUGGCAGGGAGGCCUGCGGCGUCUGCAAAGAGGAGGAACUCUCGUGGCUUCUCCCAGAGGCUUCGGGCUACGAUUGCGCCUUGUCUCGUCCUUCCAGCAGCGGCCGAGCAGUUCGGCUGUUGGUGAGAAUCGAAGGGCCCUUGCCAGGUGGUCCGCCCCCUCUGGGGUUGCUUCGAGCACCCCUGAGCCAGCGGAGCUGCGUUUUCGUCUCGGCUGCCGCGGAAGAAGUGGGGAACGUGGACGGUCUGCCGCUGCAGAAGAAGGCAAUUGACUCUGUGGAUUUUCAAGUUUCGUUGGUCGGCGCUCCAUCCAUCCGUAUCGAUGUGACGGGCUCCGAUCUGACUAUGCUCGAUGCGCUGGAGGACAACUGGACACCACCCCAGCCAUUGAAUUCUUUGCCGCGGCCAUGGCGAGAGUUUCUGGAAGUUUCACACUUGGCCACCGGCAGUUUUCGCUUCAGAGAAGAUGUGCUGUUGGUUGGAUCCCAGGUCUUGCUUUGUGGAGAGUUGCUUCGUGACUCACGGGGCCGCAUUUUUCUGCAGCCCUGGGAGGCUCCGGCCGUUGGAUGCGAAAGCUGGCGAACGUCUUGGGAGUGUGCAAGCUCCAAGCUGCAACCAACCGUCCUGGCGAGCAACGAUAUGACACUGGCUGAGGGGCCAAAGAUAGACUGCAGUGAGACUUGCUUCCUUUCUGGCUUCGAGACGGACCUUCAGCGACUUCAAAAGGAGGUCCUCGAAGGCCUCGAGCCCCCAGACGAGGAUGAUGAGAAGGAAGACGUAAGAGAUGAACUCCAAGAAGGGUUGGCUGCGAUAGAGGAGUUGGUUGCAAGUUCUUGGCAGUCAAGCGAGGAUUUCAGAGCCAGCCGUCCUGCCACAGGAGGCCCUGCAGUGCUCUCGGAGAACACUGUGCUAGUGGUGUCAGGCGAAGAUUGCGUGGAGGACGUGCGGCAUUUGGUCUUCCGCUUUCAGCGGCUCCAGAGCCUCACCGCGCAAGGCAGUGUGGAUUUGAACCGGCUACAGGGCUUGGAGGUUCUGUCACUGUCUCACAACCAGCUACGAGAUCUUCAGCCAUUGAGCGCUUUGGUGAGCCUGAGUGAGGUGAACCUGAAUUUCAACCAGAUUGAGGACUUGAGCCCUCUCUUCGACUGCCUGCAACUUACCAAGGUGUUUGCAGCCCACAAUCGGGUGUCGAGCAUUGCAGGCACCGGAGCGGCCGGGGCUUUGCCCCCGACAGUUGUACCUCUCAAAGACAAUGAUCCGUCUCCGAGCAGGUAUUAA